UCAGUGUGUGAAGCGGAGCGGACAUGGCGGGGCUGCCGUGCCGGGUGCAGUAUCUGGAUGACAGGGACCCCUUUAUCUGCACCAACUUUCCUGAGCCCCGGAGACCCCCCGUGCACAGUUUCCCGGAGAGCUCACCGCUUAUCGAGCAGCUCCCCGCCUUGCACAAGCUGCUGGACGCCCCCCUCAAGCUGGAAGACUGCACCCUCCAGUUAUCCACCAAUGGGAAUUAUCUGGACGUGGAGCUAUCCCUGGCUGAACAGAGGGAUUACCUGGAAGCCUUCUUCGAUGACAUCAGCAAAGGCCGGCGGCCCACCCUCAUCCUCCGCACGCAGCUCUCAGUGAGAGUUCACAGCAUUCUCGAAAAGUUGUACAACUCCAACGGGCCGGAGCUGCGGCGGUCGCUCUUCUCACUCAAGCAGCUUUUUCAGGAAGACAAGGACCUCGUUCCGGAGUUUGUGAACUCCGAGGGUUUAACAUGCCUGAUAAAAGUGGGGGCCGAGGCUGACCAGAACUAUCAGAACUACAUCCUGCGAGCUCUGAGUCAGAUCAUGCUGUUUGUGGAUGGAAUGAACGGCGUCAUCAAUCACAACGAGACGGUGCAGUGGCUCUACACGCUCUGCGGCAGUCCGUACCGGCUUGUGGUGAAGACGGCUCUGAAGCUUCUCAUCGUGUUUGUUGAGUAUGCCGACACGAAUGCUCCCCUUCUAAUCAAGGCCGUGAACACGGUAGAUCAUACUAGAGGUACCAAACCGUGGUCCAACCUGAUAGAAAUUCUGGAAGAGAAGAAUGGUGCCGACUCGGAGCUGCUGAUCUUCUCCAUGACUCUCAUUAACAAGACUCUAGCAGCUCUUCCCGACCAGGACUCCUUCUACGAUGUCACGGAUUGUCUAGAAGCGCAAGGGAUGGAAAAGAUAAUUCAGCGCCAUUUGAACAACAAGGGGACCGACCCGGACCUGAAACAGCGACUCGCCGUGUACGAGAACGCUUUGAAACACGAGGAUGAAGACAGCGAGGAAUCGUCCGGCCCGUCUCGCAAGGACCGCAGGAAAAACUCGUUAGGGGUCGAAGAGGUCCGGAGAUCGAGGCGUUCGCUGGGGAACAGCGCUGAGGUUUGGGCAAAAAUUAACUCGGCUGCUUCGUCAGAAAAGCCCCUAAUUAACAACGGCUUGCCUGUGGCCCCCGCCAUCCAAGAGGCCAGCGUUCCUGGAGUAUACGUUGUACCCCCCUCGCCACCUAAACAGCCGCCAGCGGAAACGGUUCCCUUGCCAUCUCCUCCUGUGCGCACCAACCUCUUCCAUACUAAUAAUGAAGUACACGCUCAGACCGUGAGGAAGCCGGCGGACAGCAGUGUCGGCAACACGUCGAGCUUUACGCUUUCUAAGACGGAGAUGGAGAUGGUGCCGGCCCCCGGGGACAGGAGCGUAUUUAAAAACCGUUUUUUGGAGAAUCUGGCCGCCACCGAGCUGGAGAAGAUGUCCGCCUUAUCCAAAGGACGGCAAGAGACGCUGGCAGAAGCAGCGCGUGGCGCAGACGUCGAGCAACAGCCCUCUCCCGGGACCCAAGACGAGGAGCCAAGAGUCCCAGAGAGCAUCAGAGCCGGGAAGGGGGACCUGAGUGAGAAAGAAGAGAAGAACGAAAGUGUAAAUGAAAAAGAAUUGUGUUCUGGCUCCAGCGAUUCUUCUGCCAGCAGCACAUUGGAGAGGGAGGAGCGAGGAGACGGGGAGGAACAAGGAGCAGAACCAGGCAACCCUGUGUGCCGUCCUCCGCCAACCACCGACCGCAGCACUUCCAAGAGGUUUAUGCUGGAUAUGCUAUAUGCCAAGAGCCAGGACACCUGCGGCCCGGAGAGCGACGUUCUUCACCCGAGGAACGCUGCGUCUAAUGAGACCGUGCGCUCCCCCAGAGAGAGGAGCCGUCCUCUGGCCAGAGCAGAAUUUGAGAAUGAGACCUCUCCCAGGAAAAGCGCCAAUGAGAACAUGCCUGAAUCCCGAACAGCAGUCCUGAGGGCGCAGUACAGCAUCGAUGCCGAAACCAACGCCAGGAACCUGGAGAAGACGCUCAUGACUCCUUUCAAGAAGUCCUCCGAGGUACUGUGGGAGCAGACUGCGGCGGCACAGCAGCGCGAACUAAAGAUAAAGGACUUGGACUUCUCUGACCUCUGCGAGGAGGAGGAUUUUGAUGUUCUUGACUUUGAUAAUACAGAAACUAUUUCACCAUCCAAUCCACCACUUUUAACUUCUCCUCCCCCGCCCCCUGUAUCUGGACUGCCAUUCCCACCACCUCCUCCACCACUACCUGGAUGUCCUUUGCCUCCUCCACCCCCUCCACCCCAUUGUCCUCCCCCAAGAGGUCCUCAUCUUCCACCUCCACCACCAGCACCACCCAGCUUCACGGCCGCGUCUCAGGACUCCGGCCCCGCGACGUUAAAUAAGAAGAGAAAGACGGUUAAACUCUUCUGGAAGGAAGUGAGAGAGACUAGCUGCACCAGCAGGGGCAAGUUUGGAAAAAGCACAGUGUGGGAGUCAUUGGAUAAGAUUUCGGUGGAUACGGAGAAGCUGGAGCAUCUGUUUGAGUCAAAAGCCAAAGAAGUAGCUGCCUCCAAGAAAGGCAGCGACUCGAAGAAGCAGACUUUGGUGGUCCUCGAUCCCAAGAGAAGCAAUGCGAUCAACAUCGGUCUGACCGUGCUGCCCACCGUGCACAUUAUUAAGACCGCCAUCUUGAACUUUGAUGAAUAUGCCAUCAACAAGGAGGGAAUAGAGAAAAUCCUCACAAUGAUCCCAACAGAGGAGGAGAAGCAGAAGAUUCAGGACGCUCAGCUGGCAAACCCCGACGUGCCGCUGGGGUCGGCUGAACAGUUCUUACUCACUCUGUCCUCCAUCAGCGGCCUGGCUGCCAGACUCCAGCUCUGGGCCUUCAAACUGGACUACGAGACCAUGGAGAAGGAAAUCGCAGAACCUCUGUUUGACUUGAAGCUGGGGAUGGAGCAGAUUUCCAAGAAUAAAACCUUUAGGGUUAUACUCGCCUCUCUCCUGGCUGUCGGCAACUUCCUGAACGGUUCAAGCGCGAAGGGCUUUGACCUCGGUUACCUGGAGAAGGUGGCGGAGGUGAAGGACACGGUGCACAGACAGUCCCUUCUGCACCACAUGUGUAACAUCGUGAUCGAGAAAUUCCCCGACACCUCCGACCUGUACUCUGAAAUCGCAGCCAUCACGAGAUCCUCCAAAGUAGAUUUCGAUGAGCUGGCAGACAACUUGGUCCAGUUGGAGAAGAGAUGUCGGGAAUCCUGGAACAGCCUUAAGGUGAUCGCCAAACACGAAACCAAACCGGGCCUGAAAAACAAGAUGACCGACUUCCUGAAGAGCUGCACCGAGAAGAUAGUCAUUCUGAAGAUCGUCCACCGGAGAAUCCUAAACCGGUUCCGAUCCUUCGUCCUCUAUCUGGGAUACUCGUACUCCGCGGCCAGAGACAUGAAGAUCACGCGCUUCUGUAAGAUCAUCAGCGAGUUUGCGCUGGAGUACAGGACCACGCGGGAGCGAGUUCUGCAGCAGAAACAGAAGAGAGCGGCCUACAGAGAGCGCAACAAGACCAGAGGCAGGAUGAUCACAGAGACGGCAAAGUUUUCUAGCGCGGCUUCGGUAACAGAAAAUAACCCGUCGAUCACAAGUUCAUCGAUGCUCAAAAGCCAGGCGUCUGAAGAAGGCCACGAGAACAUGACCACCAUUCUGAUCUCCAGCGGGGAGCAGCAGACGCGGAGGAGUCGCGCCGUCAGAAGUUUAGGCCGUUGCAGUCCUCCAGACCUGUCGGGGAACAAGGAAGAGUCCGUCCCCUCGGAUACAUCGGAUGAGAUCAUGGACCGACUCGUACAGUCCGUGACCCAGAACCCCAACCCCAGGGUGGUCAAUCCGAAGGAGCGGAAGAGGUCACGAGCGAACCGUAAAUCCUUGCGAAGAACGCUGAAGAGCGGCUUAAGCGAUGACCUGGUGCAGGCGCUGGGCUUAGCCAAGUCCUCUGAAGUGGCCGUGUGACGCGAGGUGACGGAUGCAUGCGCGACCCCUGCACUCCACGAGCCGGGACCCUCACAGAGCCGACGUUGCUUCCCUCUCCUGGAUCGGAGCCAUCGGCCGGAUCUUCGCAUGCCGUGCCCCAAAGUAUAAGGAGGACACAGCAGGGUGCGCGUGGCAGGCCUGUUAACCCUUUUAUAUCACGAUGAAGUGCACUAAGCGAACGUUCCUGUGUUUUUCUUUGUCAUGAAGACGCUCCGCUUGCUCCCUGCGUUAGGAUAACCGGAGGCUCCCAGGAAUAACUUAUUGGUGAACCGUCCACUGCUCCUGGGAUUUUAAAGCACCUUUUAUUUUUUUAAGCAUAAGAGGGAGUCCACUGUUCAAUAUGCCACUGGGAGGUGGAUCCACGUGAAUGGAAAUACUACGCUACACGGAGAGAAUUGUGUACUUUAUUUUUUGCUUUUACAUGUUUCUGUGCGGCGUUUAGCACAAGUCUG